CGACAAACAAAAUGUUGCAUGCCUUCAAGAGAAAAUUUCGAACGAUUUUACAACGUUGUAUCCUUUUGGCCAUACUGGCGGCCAUUUUUAUGCUAAUUGUAUCCUACAUGAAUUUAGAAUUUUGUUACAAAAUUAUGUCACAGAAUAGUCUCACCUAUAUGUGUAAGAAAUAUAAAAAUUAUGAAUACAGCGGUACGCUGUGCGAAGAGCUGUGUGCCAACGAACAAUCCUUUAAGUCGUUUAAAUGUCCCCAAACUGAUAUGGGCACUAUUAUGUUCACAGCGGAGAAAAACGGUGAUGUCUAUGCUGUUAAGCUUGCCCGCCACAUUAAGGAUGAUCUAAGUUGGAUAAAUAGUCGUGGCCUGCAGGUGUAUCCAAAAAUUGAAAAUUUCCAUCACAUUGUUAAAAUGCACAUUACCCUCACCUACAAUGUCACUUUGGAUGAUAAUAUGAUUAAAGCUUUGGUCAAUCAGGAAAUUGACAAAAACAAUCCACAACAAAUGUUAAAUUUCUGGCGCCUAUUUAAGGACAAUAAUUAUAUGAUGAGUAAACUGUACGACGAAGAUAGUCUAUUUCCAACGGUCUUGGGUUCAUGUGGUCCCUACUAUGCAACAGAAAGUUUGAAUAUUUUAAAAACGGAACAGAGCCUUUUGCAAUACAUAUCAUCGGAUUGGCAAAAACGACUUAAAUAUGCUUUGAGUCUUAUGGAAUUUGUCUUUAAAAUGGAUGAAAUGAAACCGGAACCGUUGAGAAUGUGCAAAAUGAAAAUAAGUAAUUUUGGAGUGACGGCAGAUAAAAGAAUCAAAUAUGAAAAUGCCGAACAUGUUUAUGUGGAGACGAAAAUCGAUAAACGUCUAUCGGAUGGUUCAACCUGUGAGGAGGAUGCUGAUUGUAACUAUCACUAUUGUAUGGGCAAAUGUGAUGCAAAAACAUCCACAUGCAGCGGCAUUCAACAAAACAAUAAUUUGCAAAUAUUUUGUGAUAAAAUUCUCAAAGGAGGUGGCCUCUUUCCCGGGCUAUUGGCAUCGGCUAAAACACCCAAGACUUUAAUGAAAAUGGUUAAAAAUUGCAUAGACCCAUCCAAGUUUAACAAUCUGCAUGUGCCGGGCAGACUGUAUGCUCCAAACACGGAGUUGGCUUUACGAUUGUACAAUGAAAUGAAACGUUUGCACAAAGUUGAAGGAAAGGAGGCGGUAGUUGGCAGUAAUUAA